AGUCGACACAAUGCUAACAGAAAACCUGUUGCGCAGAAAAUGGGGAAACGAACACAAUUAAUUAGCAAUUAACGGCUGUAAAUAAACUGCAAUACGCUAGAAAAACAAAAGCAUUCGAAACGUUAAAACCAAACUAAACUAAAUAAACAUUCGACUAACGACAACGCAGCCAGCCACAGCCGCCGCAGUAACAGAAACAGAAGCAGAUCAGCAAAACAACAAGCAAGUCGCAAGCGCACGGCUCAAUGAAAAGAAACGAAGAAAAACAGUUUAUUUUUGUGUUUAGCUGCCUGCCAUACCCCGCCAGCGUUUGUCGCGUGUGCCAACGUGAUUGUGUGCGUGCGUGUCUGUGUGUAUAUGAAAAUAUUUAAAAACAAAAUCUUCUGCGCAGACGGUCAACGCACAGGGAGCACAGGGGCUGGCCAGGGCGCACAGGGGUCGCAGACAGUGCACAGAGCGACAAUCAAAAAAGCAACAACAGCAGCAGACAGAUAAACAACAUCAGCAGCAGCAGCAGCAGCGGCGGAGGCAGCGGCAGCGACGUCGUGCUCGGUGACGCGUCGCGAGGUGCUCGAGGUCAGUUCAGCACAUUUCGCGCACGGCCGUUUUAGACAUCUCCACAACAGCCCACCCCAGCUCACCUCUAUCCCCGCAGCAGAACGGCCACCCGCAAACGCACGCGCGGCGACGUUUCAAUUCCGAGUCAACAGAAAAAAAAGUCAGCAACAAAAACAAUAGCAACAACAAUAAACACCGAAAAAAGAAUAAGUUAACGAGAGACUCACGCGCAACUCUUUUAUUGUUUAACUGAUAACCUGUGCGCGGCUGAUAAAUAUCAAGUGAAAAGUUGAAGCAUAUUAUUGCAAUUGCCCAAGUGCCAAGUGCGAAUGCGAAUGCGCCCUCAAUUUGUAUGCCAACCGCACACACAUUCGUAUACGACACACAACACACACACAACCACACAUACGCAUACGCAUUCCCGCUCCCAUUCCCCCCAUCCGACGACCACUGACGUCAGUCGGCUGGAUCGUUAUCGUUAUCCGAAAAUGGUGAUACCGGGGCCGGAGCCCAUCACGGGCGCCAUAGCCACAGCCGGAUUUAACCGUACACCGUUAACGGAGCUAAGCGGCGAGACACGCCGUCAGCUGGCAUGCAUGCUGAAUCGCAAGAAGGUGCUGCGCUCCGAGGAGGGCUACGAGCGAGACUGGCGCGGCAUUGCCUCGCUGUCGGGCCAGCGUGGCUAUGUGGAUGAGUUUGCCAAUAUGCCCAUGGACCUGGUGUUGAACAGCUGGAUCAAGCAUAAUCCACAGACAGCCGAGGUGGGGCAUCUGGAGCAGUUUCUGGGCAUCAUCGAUCGCUGGGAUGUGCGCGACGAUAUCCAGGAGAAUCUGACCAAGGACACAAAUCGCUACAAUAUCAAGCAACAGCAGCUGGAGCAAUUGGCGAUCUCGUCGCGCGACAGUCCCACGCCCACGGUCAAGUGCUUGGAGCGUAACAACAACAAUAGCCUGGCCCGCGAUGUCAACCUGCUCAGCAUUGACGAUGAGAAGUGCCUGCAGAAUGGCCAGCCGCUGCCCAGAUACAAUGCCUGUGUGCUGUACGCCGAGGCGGACAUUGAACAUGCGACAGACAUCAUGAAUAAUCUAGAGUCUCCGCCCUAUAAUCUCAAGCUGUUCUUGAGACAUCGGGAUCUGCUGCUGGGCGUGCCGUUCGAGCAUGUCGAGCUGUCACAGUUUAUGGCCACGCGCUGCAAUCAUUUGAUAGUCGUUCUCACGGAUGAGUUUCUCAAGAGUCGCGAGAACACGUAUCUGGUCAACUUUACGCAAAAGCUGCAAAUCGAGAACAACACACGCAAGAUAAUACCCAUAUUGUACAAACACAACAUGAUUAUACCCCAGACGCUGGCCAUAUACACGCACGUCAACUACACGGACACCUCCAGCCUGUUCAAUUUCUGGGACAAGCUUGCCCGUUCGCUGCAGGAUGUGGACACUGCGUCCAUAUACAGCGCCAGCCAGCAGCUGCACACACCCACAGCACCAGAAGCGAGUGCUGCUCAGCCGGAAACGCCGCGUAUACUUAUCAACGAUGCGGACGUGACGGACCUAUCCGAUUGGAAUUUAAGCGAGACAAAGCUCAAGUCAAUGUCGGGCAACACAUCGGCGCCGUUGCCCGAACUAAAAGUCAAGCGCAAGGAUAAACUGCUGCAGAAGCUAACGCUCAAUUUUAGUACCUCGCCGCGCAACGGCAGCACAAACGGCAAACCGCUCAGACAUGCGCAUUCGGUCAGCGCGAUCAACAUGCAGGAGCAACAGAGCACGCUCAAUGCCAGCAACUCCAAUCUAUCAACGUAUUCGGAGAACAAGAAGAGAUCCAACAAGUGGAGCAGCAAGCUGCUGAAGAAGUUUACGCGCAGCAGCACCAAACUGCAGACGCCGUGCUGAUUGCCAGGCAGGCGGCAGUAAAGUAGCAGGCAGCUAGCUUGCAACACGUGGCAUGCUGCCUGUGUGUAUGUGAAUUUCCUUAAAUUGCGCCCAGUUAAGUGGCAUAUCAAUCCAUUAACCAGUCACCCGGUCACCGAUACCGACAACGACACCAACCACCCUCCAUUUGAUAGUGAUUUUUUGUUCGUAAUCUUUAGCCUAAACCUAAAACAAAGCCAACUAACUUAAAUGUAUUUAGACGCACUUGUUAAACUAUGUAAGUCAACAACGAAUAAAGACAAUAUAUAUAUAUGUAUACAUAAACGCACACGAACACGCACGCACACAUGUAAAGACAAUAAUCUAAACUAGUUAUAAAGAAAAAAAAAAAGAAAAUAUUAAAAACCAUAUGUACACACAGAAAAAAAAGUGCCUGGAAAACGAAAACAGAAACACACAAAAACAAACUUUCAAACGAAUUGCCAAUUGUAAGGUUAAUCGAAGCACACACAAUUAGCUGUUAGUCACGAGUCUGAUAAGUGACUUACUUAAUUCAAUUAACUUAACAAACAAACGCCCAGCCUUAUACAGAUACACACUGUCAACCCCCCCCCUAACCGCCCAGUCUGUUUGCAUUCUCGAGUCGUAAUCGUGUGUCUCGACAGUCUAGAAAAAAAAACUAAAAUGAUGAUGAUGAAUAACUUGUGCGCGUUAGAUAUAGUGUGCGAAUUUGAUGAAUAAUGUAUAUAUCUUUACUAUAUACGACAUAUAUAUAUAUAUUAGUGUGUAAAGUAUAUGACAGCUGUGUGUGUGUGUGUGUGUCUGAUAAAGCCGCAGCUUUCGUCACAUUUUUUUAAGUAAUUGUCGUCGCAAAUUGGAGCUGAGCACACAACCAGACAGUUAGUACAUAUGCCUAUUUAUAAGUCACGCGCUUCUAUAUAAUAACCUGUACUUGCACAACUGGGCUGAUAUAUAAUUUUUGAAUAGAAACAAAACAAAAAAAAGUCGCGUGCUCUGGCAUACGCCGUACUUAAACUUAAAUUCUAUGAAUGAGCUAAUGUGUGUGUGUGUUCGCCUCGAAAUCGGGCAAUAAACAUUUAAAUAAUAUGCAUAUAUAUAUAUACUAUAUAACGUUUAUAUAUGUACGCUCAAUCUGUGUAGUUAACGUUAAAUGCAAAACGCAAGUUUUUAUGUUUUUUUUUGCUGUUUCUUUGUGCAACAAUUAACUUGAACUCGAACUCGUGUCAGUGUGAAAUUCACUUUGAGUUCAUUUCCGUUCGGGCGUUGCAAUAAAUUAAUUCAAAUUUGUUUAAA